AUGCCUCUCUAUCAACCCGAGAACUUGUACGCUCCAAUCCUUACGCAGUUCUCCCUCAAAGGGAAGAUUGUGGUAGUGACUGGAGGCUCAAGGGGGAUUGGUGCCGAAGUCGUUCGCGGGUUGGCAGAGGCUGGCGCAGACGUUGCAUUCAUCUACAAGACCAACACCGAAGCUGACGAAACAGCUGCUCGAAUCGCGAAGGAGACGGGUGUUCGCGUCCAGGCAUACAAAUCCGAUGUCACGUCCCGAGAGACCAUUGCGAAAACCAUCAACCAAAUCGCCAGCGAGUUCGGCGGAGGCCGCAUUGAUGUAGCGGUGGCCAACGCGGGUGUCUGCGCAAAUGUCAAGUCGCUCGAGUACACGGAACGGACAUGGCAGGAUAUGAACAGCGUCAAUUACGACGGCGUCAUGUGGACUGCGCAGGCUGUGGGUAAUAUCUUCAAGAAGCAAGGGAGAGGAAACCUAGUCAUCACCGCCUCCGUGAGUGCUAUUUUGGUCAACGUGCCCCAGGAGCAAGCUGCGUAUAAUGCUUCCAAAGCGGCGGUCGUGCAGCUUGCCAAAAGUCUGUCCGUCGAAUGGGCUAAUUUUGCGCGCGUCAAUUGCGUGUCGCCUGGAUACAUCCUCACCGAAAUGUUGACAAAGCAGCCGAAAGAGCUGAUGGAGCAUUGGCUAUCAAUGAUCCCAGGUGGCCGGGUUUGUCAUCCUGCCGAGCUAAGAGGACUCUAUGUCUUCCUUGCCAGUGAUGCAUGCUGUUACAUGACAGGAUCAAACGUUGUGAUCGAUGGCGGAUACACAUUGCCGUAG